AUGGAUAUGAAUAUAAAUCCAUAUAGAUAUAAUCAAAGACUACCCAUACCCGCAUCAAACAGUUUCAAUCCUGCAAUCUCAUCAUCCUACCGUCAUCUUAGCUAUCCACCAUAUACACGGUAUGUGUAUAUUGAUCAAGCAUUUAUAUUCAAUGCUGCUGAUGUCCAUAACAACUAUCAAUGUAUUCGACAAUCGCCUGCGUAUCCUAAUGUUGAUGAAGUUCUUAUACUUGACGGUUUCGAUCGUGCUACGGAGCGUUACAAUGGUAGUGGGGUGUCUAAGAAUGUGGUAAUUAAGAACUUGAAGAUGUUAAAGUACAGUGGAAGUGGAGAAGAAGGUGAACUAUGCGUGAUCUGUCAAGAUGAGUUUAAAAGGAAGGAGAUGUUAGCGGUUCUUGAAUGCAAGCAUCGGUAUCAUCCUGAGUGCAUCAAAGAAUGGUUGAUCAGGAUGAAUGUUUGCCCAGUGUGCAAAUCCCAAGGACUAAAGGUGUAA